CAUGGACAAAUCUCAGUCGAAACAAACAAUGCCUACAAUAUAGUCUUCGAAGGAAUUGUAGGAACUAGUUAUACAGGUGAUAUUGCUUUAGAUGACAUCAGGAUCACUGAUGGAGCAUGUUUGAGAGACGCGCAAACCAAAUGUGAUUUUGAGGAUCCAUACAUCUGUUAUUUUAUACAAGAUGGAUAUGAUGAUUUUGAUUGGACAAGAACAUCUGGAUCAACACCCACAUCUGGUACUGGCCCUAAGUAUGACCACACCUACGGAACAUUACAAGGUUUCUACAUGUACAUCAAAACUUCAAAUCCGCAAUACAACAAGCAAACCGCUCGUCUUUGGACAUUGUCAUAUCCUGCAAAAAACGGCACAUGCGUGAAGUGGUUUUACCACAUGUACGGGGCCACAGUUAACACAUUGAAUGUGUACCUAGUCAAUACAGAAGGUACUCUUGGUACACCUGCGUGGACAAAUAGAAACAAUCAAGGAAACAUUUGGCGACUUGGAAAACUGUCAGUUGAAACAAAGACUUCCUUCCAGAUAGUGUUUGAAGGAAUUACAGGAAGUGGUAAUACAGGAAAUAUUGCUUUAGAUGACGUCAGCAUCAUCGAUGGGGCAUGUUUGAGAAACGCACAAUACCAAUGUGAUUUUGAGGAUCCAUACAUCUGUAACUUUGUACAAGAUGAAGAUGAUGAUUUUGAUUGGAUAAGAACAUCUGGAUCAACACCCAAAUCUGGUACUGCCCCUCCAUAUGACCACACCUACGAAACAUUACAAGGUUUCUACAUGUACUUAGAAACUCUUUAUGUGCAUUACAACAACCAAACCGCUCGUCUUUGGACAUUGUCAUAUCCUGCAACAAAUGGCACAUGCGUUAAGUGGUUUUACCACAUGUACGGGGCCACAGGAAACACAUUGAAUGUGUACAUAGUCAAUACAACAGGUACCGUUGGUGCACCUGCGUGGGCAAAUAGAAACGAUCAAGGAAACAUUUGGCGACUUGGAAAACUGUCAGUUGAAACCAAGAGUGCCUUCCAGAUAGUGUUUGAAGGAAUUAUAGGAAGUGGCUAUAAAGGUGAUAUUGCUUUAGAUGACGUCGGGAUCAUCGAUGGGGCAUGUUUGAGAAACGAAACUUGCGAUAUUGACUGCUUGAACGGCGGAGUCUGUGUCUCGGAUGACGGAAUCGAGAACUGUCAGUGUAUGCCUGGUUUUCUUGGACCAACUUGCAAUAUAUCACAAUACCAAUGUGAUUUCGAAGAUCCACACAUCUGUUACUUUGAACAAGAUAAAUAUGAUGAUUUUGAUUGGAUAAGAACAUCUGGAUCAACAUACACAUUAAGUACUGGCCCUACAUAUGACCACACCUACGGAACAUUACAAGGUUCCUACAUGUACAUCGAAACUUCAUAUCAGCGAUACAACCAAACCGCUCGUCUUCGGACAUUGUCAUAUCCUGCAACAAACGGCACAUGCAUCAAGUGGUUUUACCACAUGUACGGGGCCACAGUGAACACAUUGAAUGUGUACAUAGUCAAUACAGAAGGUACCGUUGGUGCACCUGCGUGGACAAAUAGAGACGAUCAAGGAAACAUUUGGCGACUUGGAAAACUGUCAGUUAAAACAAAGAGUGCCUUCCAGAUAGUGUUUGAAGGAAUUGUAGGAAGUGGUGAUACAGGUGAUAUUGCUUUAGAUGACGUCAGGAUCAUCGAUGGGGCAUGUUUGAGAAACGAAACUUGCGAUAUUGACUGCUUGAACGGCGGAGUCUGUGUCUCGGAUUACAGAAUCGAAAACUGUCAGUGUAUGUCUGGUUUUGUUGGACCAACUUGCAGUAUAUCACAAUACCAAUGUGAUUUUGAGGAUCCAUACAUCUGUUACUUUGUACAAGAUGAAGACGAUGAUAUUGAUUGGAUAAGAACAUCUGGAUCAACACUCAAAUCUGGUACUAGCCCUCAAUAUGACCACACCUACGAAACAUCACAAGGUUCCUACAUAUACAUCCGUACUUUUUACUUCAACCAAACCGCUCGUUUUUGGACAUUGUCAUAUCCUGCAACAAACGGCACAUGCGUCAAGUGGUUUUACCACAUGUACGGGGAAACAAUGAAUAUAUUGAAUGUGUACAUAGUCAAUACAGAAAGUACUGUUGACACAAUUGCAUGGACAAGUAGAAACAACCCAGUGAACCUCUGGCGACUUGGACAAAUUUCAGUUGAAAUAAACAGUACCUUCAAGAUGAUGUUUGAAGGCAUUGUAGGAGGUAGUUCUGUUGGUCAUAUUGCUUUAGAUGACAUCACGAUCACCGAUGGAAUAUGUUUCACAAAAGGUAACGUUAAUGCAUCAUCACCAGGUAACGUUAAUGCAUCAUCAUCAGUACCUGACUACCUGAUAGCUGUGUAUAUUCUCUGUGUCUUCAUUUUCAUGAUGUCACCGUUAUUUAUCUUCCUCUGCAGAUCCUCCAAUGAUGAAAUCGUUUUCCAUACAGAUAUCGAAAUUUCUCUCCAUUGUCGUUCAUCAGUUUGCCAAGACCUUAAUUUCCUAUCACCUUUUUUCUUCCUUUGUUAUUACCCUGGCCUCUCCGAAAGAGAGGUGACACCCUCGCCUCCUAGAAGAAAAAAUUAUAUGUGUAUUAAUACAUCGUGUCAAAAUGGAGGAUAUUGUGUUGAUGAUAUCAACAACUCUACCUGCAUGUGUGUUAACGGAUAUAUCGGAACAUAUUGUGAAAUCGAUAAAGAGGUACCGGUCAUAACCUUUUGCCCACCAGAUAUAAAGUUGUUGACCGGAAUGACAACAAACACUGCUGCUGCCGCUUGGACUCCCGCCACCGCUGAAGAUAACUCAGGUGUUCCUCCAAAUAUCGCAACAGAUAUUCAGCAACAAGACUUGUUGAUGAUUGGAAAUUACCUUGUGUCAGUUACUGCGACAGAUGGUUCAGGAAAUACCAACACAUCAUAUUCCUUCAAUAUAAACGUUAUAGGUAAUAACGUUAAUUCAUUAUCAUCAGUGACUGAUUACCAAAUAGGAGUAUACAUUCUUUGUGUCUUCAUUCUGUUGAUGUCUCGAUUAUUUGUCUUCUUCUGCAGGUCAUAUUUUGUUAAUAGCAAAAAGACAGACCCAGUGGUUCCAGAAAUGAAUGAUUAUAUGACAACAGUAAAUGUAUCAACUUGUCUGCCAACUUCUAGCAAUAAUGAUGCUGCCCCGCAAUCCAUGAACUUACACAGGAGUGAUAAUUCCCCUCAAGUUUAUGAUGAAAUUUCAAAUGCUAACACAUAUGAAGUACCUCUGCCAACCAGUGGUAUUGACGAUGAUGUUGCACCCCAAUCUAUGGAAACGCAGUUGGUGAAUGAUGUUGCUGUAGCACAAUCUAUGGAGAAUGACAGGAGUGAUAAUACCCCUCAAGUUUAUGAUGAAAUUUCAAAUGCUAACACAUAUGAAGUACCUCUGCCAACCAGUGGUAUUGACGAUGAUGUUGCACCCCAAUAUAUGGAAACGCAGUUGGUGAAUCAUCAUGUUGCUGCAACACAAUCUAUGGAGAAUAACAGGAGUGAUCAUACCCCUCACAUUUAUGAUGAAAUUUCAAAUGCUAACACAUAUGAGGUUCCUCUGUCAACCGGUGGUACUGACGAUGAUGUUGCACCCCAAUAUAUGGAAACGCAGUUGGUGAAUCAUCAUGUUGCUGCAACACAAUCUAUGGAGAAUCACAGGAGUGAUCAUACCCCUCACGUUUAUGAUGUAAUUUCAAAUGCUAACACAUAUGAGGUUCCUCUGUCAACCGGUGGUACUGACGAUGAUGUUGCACCCCAAUAUAUGGAAACGCAGUUGGUGAAUCAUCAUGUUGCUGCAACACAAUCUAUGGAGAAUCACAGGAGUGAUCAUACCCCUCACGUUUAUGAUGAAAUUUCAAAUGCUAACACAUAUGAGGUUCCUCUGUCAACCGGUGGUACUGACGAUGAUGUUGCACCCCAAAAUAUGGACACGCGGUUGGUAAAUUAUACUGCUGCAACAAAAUCUAUGGAGAAUCACAGGAGUGACAAUACCCCUCAAGUUUAUGAUGAAAUUCAAUAUGCUAAUACAGGAUAUCAAGUACCUCUGUCAACCGGUGGUACUGACGAUGAUGUUGCACCCCAAAAUAUGGAAACACAGUUGGUAAAUGAUACUGCUGCAACACAAUCUAUUGAGAAUCACAGGAGUGAUAAUACCCCUCAUGUCUAUGAUGAAAUUCAAUAUGUUAAUACAGGAUAUCAAGUACCUCUGUCAACCGGUAGUACUGACGACGAUGUUGCAUUCCAAUCUAUGGAAACACAGUUGGUGGAUAAUGUAGUGUUAAAACAUCGUUACGGUAGAUUACGGUUUGCUAUGAACAUCGAAAAUAGUGUUCUUACAACCUUAUUUUCUGUAGCAUUUUUUGGCUUCGGCAACAAUGUCAACAACCAAGAUGUUAAUUAUAUGGUAUCUGCAUAUAACAGAACCCUUAAUUCAAUUCAAAAUGAAGUUGCACCUGAGAAAAUGAAAGUUGCUACCAUGAGACAAAUGUCUCGAUGGUACAACGAUAAUUGUAUUGAAAAAAGAAAGUGUCGCGUAUUAGAGCGUAAAUGGAUCAAGUUUUGUGAUUCUGUUGAUAAAACAGCUUUCAAGAAGCAAUGUGCAAAAUAUCACUCUGUUUUAACCAAUACAAAAACUGCCUACUUUCAAUCUCAAGUCGAGAAAUGUGGAAGUGACCAACGGCUGUUGUUUUCUUUAAUGAACAAACUUUGCGGUAAAAAAGUGUCUCUGCCAAGUCAUAAUAAUGAAGAGGAAGUGGGUCAUGUACAUUCUGAAGUGUCUGUGCCAAGUCAUAACAAUGAAGAUGAGGUAGAACGUGUUCAUGCUGGCCGAAAACGCUGUAAUUGCAGCUGGCAAGAGUCGUAUAAGAAACUUUUGUUGGAAGUGGAAAUAACAAGAAAUGAGCAACGGCGCACCAACGUCAUAUUGACAGAACUGCUGACAGUUAUCAGAGCAAAUAAAACAAAUCAAAAUGCCGCCGAACAUGUCGACCAUCCAGACACAGACCAUACCAACAUGGAAAAUGUACCAAUCAGCAAUGGGCCUAUUCAACCGAAAAUGGAACUUGACAGCAAUGGCUUCGUCAUUGUUGGUGGGAGAGACUGUACCGUGGUACCGGUGACAAUGCCAAGAGAAAAGUACAUAGAAGUUCUAAAGGCAAACCAGAGGCCAACGACAGUAAUUAAGUCAUUACUGGACUGUUUGUUUGAACGACAUGAGCUAAGCCGUAGUAAUAUUGGUGGUAGACAGGGCAAAGACCCACUUGAUGAAAGAAAAGUUAAAGCAAUCAUGAGUCAAGUGUUUUUGCAAUUCAGGAACACAGGUAUACCUAUGUCAAAAAAACAGUUAGUAAAUGCUGUGAAUGAAAAAUGUAGAUACAGCCGGCGGCUUGAAAAACAUGGUUUAAAUGAAGAUCUUCCUACUUCGGAAGUUGUUUGAUUGAUAUGCUUCAUUUCUUGUUUCUAUUGCGUUUAAUUUCCAACAGUUUAUAAGUCUGAUAGUACAAUAGUUACACAAAUACUACUGCACAUACCAUAAACACUGACCAUAUAUUUCGGAUAUAUGCCGUAAAUAGGCCUAAUUAUAAUCAAACCCUGUACAGUAGUACUGUGCAGCAAUAUAACAUUUUCUAUACAUUUUAUAAUUGCAGGGGGUCCCUGUUGGAAGUUCAAUAAAUAGUUUAUUUAUAGUUAUAUGUGGUGAAUAUAUAUGUGUCAUUUCUUGUUUCUAAAUGCUUUCCAUUUUCAAAAAUUUAUAAGUUUGAUAGUUACAAUAGUUACACGAAUACUACUGCACAUACCACAAACACUUACCAUACAUUUCGGAUAUAUGCCGUAUUAUAAUCAAAUUCUGUACAGUAGUACUGUGCAGCAAUAUAACAUUUUCUAUACAUUUUAAAAUUGUAGGGGGAAAAAAAGAAAACACA